AAGAAGAGCUGUCUUUGAGGAGUAAGCUGAGUUGACAGCGCACGCGAUAACAUUUCCGAAUCCGAACCAUCGACAGUAUGGCCAGUUCAAAGAUCUUUCUCGUCCUCCUCUUCGCGAUGAUCGGCACCGCCCUCGCCCGUCCCGGAUACCUGGGCGGAUACGGACUCGGCUACGGCUACGGUCACCACGGUCUGUACGGUUACGGCUAUCCCUACUACGGCGGCUACGGCCUCUACGGCGGCUACGGCGGUUACGGGCUCUACGGCGGCUACGGCGGCUACGGCCACUACGGUUACCCCUACUUCGGCCACGGCUUCGGUUUCGGCUACGGUCACUACCUUUAAUAUGAACGGAGGCGAAGCGACUCGAGGAUUCAUCGGAGAGGAAGAGCAGGACACGGAGUGAGAGGGAAUCUCGUGACGUGAGACGGACGGAGACGCGUUGACGGCAGUGCAUUUCUCCAUUCUAUCCCAGCUUCUCGACCGGACCGUUGUGUUUGUGUGUUUUUGCUUUUGCUUUUUUUUUUCUUUUUUCUUUUUUUUUUUUUUAAUUUUCAUUCCUAGUUUUAUACGAUUUUAGUUGAAUCUUAUGUCACACACGAUCGGAGAGCUCAAUAAAAAAAAGACUCGCAA